AAGCGUUCCACCUCAGAGGGGGUUAGAUGUACACUUAGCUAACACAGCAACCUGCACUAAGAAGAUAGCCGCUCACUGAGUCGGUCUGAUGUUCGGUGCCAUGCAACAAUGUAACAAAGCGUACUUUCUCCCAUUAGCUGCAAUAAUGCUGCGUUUAAAGGAAGCAUACAUGUUCACAGAUACACUGUAUCGCCUGGUCGAGCUCGAAUGUGUGUUCUACGGUCAAGGAUUUCAAAUUAGCCCGCUAAGUAGCUAGCUGGUCGGCAUGCACACAAUGGCUCUCAUUUGAGAGCGAUAUAGAGAGGCUUGCUGGCUCCAAGACCGCGUUAGCUAGUUAGCCAGCUAAUAGUAGCCAGUAUUACUAGCCAGCUAACUAGCCUGUGAGGUCGACUGCAUUCCAGACUGGAGGUCCUAUCUGUUCACUGCCCGCCAUCUUUUAAAGAAGUAAAUUCUGAAUAGUAGAGCGCAGACCACCCAUCUCUGAGAUGGGAUGUGUGCAUGCAGAAGAAGCCACUAAGGAGCAGUCAGGACCACACCACUGCAUCACCCAUUGACGACUGACUGACCUCCCCACCACCAACCCCUCCGUUGGCCCUCUCUUCCCACCACCCCAUCUUUACUUCAGCCUCCUCCAAAGGAACCGUGCUGUCCGUCCUGUCCUGUCCCCGGACAACAUGUCGGGCGAGGCCCCCGCCGCCCAAACGCCUCCCCCGAUAACGAAUCCUCCGCCCCCCGAGGUGGUCAACACCACCAAGCCUGGACGCAAGACCAACCAGCUGCAGUACAUGCAGAAUGUGGUGGUCAAGACUCUGUGGAAGCACCAGUUCGCCUGGCCCUUCUACACGCCGGUGGACGCCAUCAAGCUCAACCUGGCAGACUACCACUCGGUCAUUAAAACCCCAAUGGACAUGGGAACGAUUAAGAAGCGACUAGAAAACAACUACUACUGGACGGCAGGGGAGUGCAUGCAGGACUUCAACACUAUGUUUACCAACUGUUACAUUUAUAAUAAGCCUGCAGAUGACAUCGUGCUGAUGGCCCAGGCACUGGAGAAGAUCUUCCUGCAGAAGGUGGCCUCCAUGCCCCAGGAGGAGGUGGAGCUGCUGCCCCCUCCACCCAAGGGCAAGGGCCGCAAGCCCGGAGCACCGGCUAGCUCAGGUGAGCCUGAGACAGCAGAGAGUCCAGCGGUGGGCGUGUCGUCUGGGUCUCCCUCCUCGUCCUCCUCACCCUCCCAGACCUCCCAGACGCCGGUGAUCUCCACCGCGACGCCCGUGCCCGUGCCCACCAUCACCUCCAACAUCAAGGCCACGCCGCCGCCCCCCGCACCGCCCGCCGUGAUGCCCGUCGUCCCCCCGGCACAGCCCGUCAAGCUGCAGAAGAAGGGCGUGAAGCGGAAAGCGGACACCACCACCCCCACCACCUGCGCCAUCACGGCCAGCCUCAGCGAGUCGCCCACCGGUGGUAAAGGGACGACGGACGGAAGCCCCGACGCCAAGCUGGGCAAAGUCAUUUCCCGGCGGGAGAGCACGGGCCGGCCCAUCAAGCCUCCACGCAAGGACCUGGAGGACGGAGAGCUGCAGCAGCAGCACCAGCACGGCAGCCGGAAGAGCAAGCUGACGGAGCAGCUCAAGUACUGCGACACUAUCCUGAAGGAGAUGCUGUCAAAGAAACACGCCGCCUACGCCUGGCCCUUCUACAAGCCGGUGGACGCCGAGGCCCUGGAGCUGCACGACUACCAUGACAUCAUCAAGCAGCCCAUGGACCUCAGCACCGUCAAAAAAAAGAUGGAUGCACGGGACUACCAAGACGCCCUAAGUUUUGCCGCCGACAUUCGGUUAAUGUUUUCCAACUGCUACAAAUACAACCCACCCGAUCAUGAAGUUGUAGCAAUGGCAAGGAAACUCCAGGACGUGUUUGAGAUGCGCUACGCCAAGAUGCCGGACGAGCCUCCGGAACCCACGUCGCCGAGCGGCCUGUCGUCGGGGGGCGGGGCGGCGGUGGUCAGCAAGAGCACGGCCAGCAGCGACAGCAGCGGGGGCGGCGACUCGUCCAGCUCCGAGUCGGACUCCGAGGAGGAGCGCGCCACGCGUCUCGCCGAGCUCCAGGAACAGGUGGGUGCCCAACAGCGAUUCACUGUGGAGCACCCCAAUGGUAACAGGGCGGGGAAAAAAAACGGGUGUGCCAAACGUUUUCAGCUCAAGGCAGUCCAUGAACAGCUGGCUGCUCUGUCACAGGGUCCUGUGAGCAAACCAAAGAAGAAGAAAGAGAAGAAGGAGAAAGAGAAGGAGAAAAAGAAGAAAGAGAAGGACAAGGACAAAGACAAAGACAAGAACAAGGUGAAGGCUGAGGCGGACGACAAGAAGCCCAAGCCCAGCCAGCAGUCGGCCAAGCCCAGCCCGCAGAAGAAGACCACGGCACGCAGCAAGCCCAACAGCACCUCCUCCAGCUCCAGGCAGGGCAAGAAAGGCGGCAAGAACUACAAGUCGGACGAGGAGGAGUCGCUGCCGAUGACGUACGACGAGAAGCGGCAGCUUAGCCUGGACAUCAACCGGCUGCCGGGUGAGAAGCUGGGCCGCGUGGUGCACAUCAUCCAAUCGCGUGAGCCCUCGCUGCGUGACUCCAACCCAGACGAGAUCGAGAUCGACUUUGAGACGCUCAAGCCGUCCACGCUGCGCGAGCUGGAGCGCUACGUCAAGUCCUGUUUACAGAAGAAGCAGCGCAAACCCUUACCAGCGGGCACUGGGAAAAAGGGUGCCAAGUCUAAAGAGGAACUGGUGCAGGAAAAGAAGAGAGAGUUAGAAAAGCGGCUGCAGGACGUCAGCGGCCAGCUCAACCACAACAAGAAACCGCCCAAAAAAGAGAAGGGGGGCUCUGUUCCGGCUGGCGGUCCGUCCCGUUUGAGCGCCAGCAGCAGCUCCUCGGACUCCAGCUCCAGCUCCAGCGGAUCCAGCUCCGACAGCAGCGACUCCGACUAAACCCCCCCAAACCCACCCGAGUGUGUGUCUGUGUGUGUGUGUGUGUCAGAGAGUGAGAGAGAGAAAGGGGAAACGAGCAAGUGUAUGUCUGUGCAAAGGUGUGCAAAAACCUACGUGAGCAAGUGUAACCGUGUGUGUGUGUGUGUCCGUGUGCGUGCCUGCCCGCAACCUCUUAUGUAUUUCAGACUACAUCUCCCAAUCCCGUUUUUUGUCCCUUUUUCAUUUCUUUUUUUAAAAAGGAGUUAAAAGUAGUGUGUGGUCAUGGUUGUUUCAGCUGAGAAGAAGAAGCAUCGCUAUGGCAAGAUAUUUUAAAAAUGUGUUUAAAAAAAAAAGUUUCCAUACACAGAGGUAAGAAGAAGAAUAUGUAUGAAAAAAUAUAGCUGACUCAAGCCGUGUCAGGGUUUAUCUUGCUGGCCCUCAAAGGGAAAUGCCUGGUAUCACCAGAAAAAAAAAAUAUUUUUGAAUUAUUUUAGUUGUAGAGAUGAAAGCAAAAAAAGAAGAGUUGCUGCUUGUUGAGUAGUUAAAACACACUCGUACAUAUAGUCCAAGAAGCUAUACAUAACAAAGAGCUCUUUUUAGUUUGCGUCUGUGUCUGGAUCAGUCCUGGGAAAGCAUCUAGCUCGGUUGGACAGACUGCACGACCAAGUGCUCCCCAUGCCGAGUGGACUUUCAAACCUGUCAAACACCCUCCCUCUCCCACCCCCCCAGCUCUAACCUACCCCCCAUACUUCAACACCACACAUUCCUUACCUAUGUGCUUCUACAGACAGUACCUACAGACUCGUAUGACUUCUUUGGGACAUUUCUGAAAGAAACAUGACUCUAAAAGCUGUUACAGCUGUGAACGUUCGUUUCAGUUUGAGGGGAAGACUGCCCACUUCCCCGCCCUCUCCCCCAACUCCACAACCUUUUUCCUCCCUCCCCAAGCCUCCUCCUCUCUCUCUCUCUUUCUCUCUCUCUCCCCCAGACUGUUGACUCAAUAGUUCUGGUGUGGGGAAUGGAAGAGCCCCUCUUCGCGUGUUCUUGCUCUAUCUUUGUCUGCCAGAGAAUGGACUGUCUCUGCAACUGUAGCGAAGUUACGACAACAUGUUUCAACACUGAUCUUUUUUUGUCAUUUUGUUUUUGUUUUUAUUUUUUAAACUCCACCGAUUGUAAAAUUCUUCCGGUGAUUGUGUGUCAUGUUUGUCAGUAUUUGAUGUAUAAUUUUGUCAAAUCUUUUUCUCUUUUUUUCAAAAGUAUAUCACAUAAUAUUACAGUCGUCUUUUUUGUUUGUUUUGAUUUUUAUAUUUGAUUUGUCUGUUUAAAAUAUCUGAUUUUUUUUUCUUCCAAGUCUGAUGAUGGCAUAUGUAGUUGUUCGGCCUGACUUUGUUUGAAAUCCUUUUAACUCCUGUAGUUCAGUAAUGGUACAAUCAAAUGAGUAUGUAUUGCUAAAUUGGGAGCCAUCUGCCCAUGAUUGUUAACGGGGCCUCAGCAUUGCUUCUCAGAUGGGAAAGGAAGUUUGUAAUGACUGCUUACCUGAACAGUGGACGAAUUUUGUGCUUCCUGUACACGUCAUUAAGUGACUUUGUUCCAUUUUUUUUCUAACCAAUCAGAACUCUCCCAUCUAGUGAUAUAUAUUUUUACAAGUACCCUAUGCCAUUAGUGUGGUACUGCCAUGACAACUCGAGUAGCCUUGCCCCUUAGGUUCUCAGAGGGUGCUUUCCAAUAUGCGACCUUGCGUCUUCCACUUGUGCUUGUGGCCUCGCCCCGCCUUCUGGCCCCUCCUCCGUGGAGGAAACUUAAGUUACCCUGCUGUCAGCCUAGCCAAAACCAUUUUUGGGGGACUAUUCUUCAUUCACCAUCCAGUUUGCAAAUGAGAAAAUAACUUAAUUGAGCUUUUGCAAGAUAUUGAAAUGUAAUACUGUUGUCAGUGAUGUCAUCAUGACCUAUUACUUCCUGGUACAAGGCCACAAGCACAAGUGCAGGAUGCAAGGUGGUCACCCACAGCAGGUGGUUGGAACGCACCCCGACUCUGAAAACUGUCCAUGUGAGCACUCGUUACUGGGCUGAUGGGUUCUGAUUAUCUUGACAAUUUGAUCUUCAGCAUCAUAGAACAGUUUGUUUUCAUACUCGCAACUCUCCUGUAUCUUUAUCCCCCCAGGUCUCUUAUUUGGCAUGUGCCAUAUUUAGUCCCAACCCAUACUGAUGAAUGUAGUAAUGUCUCAAGUGUUGCAUUCUCAUUAGAUGAUGCCGAGGAUUUCCAGUGGGUUGCAUUAUAUAACUUCUAUAUACAGUACACAACACAUUGAAUAAUGUUUUUCUUUCUUGAGUUAUCAGUGUAUGUGUUAUUGUUGCCUUAAGUGUCAAUGGUAAACAUUAAACAUUCUUCAACUGAACAGAAUCCCGAAACUGACAAAAAAGGGGGUGGGGUGGGGACUGUCAAUAGUGGUUAUCAAAGAACAGGGCAAACCUUGCCAGAAUAAUAUGUUACAUUGGGAAUUUUUUAAACCAUUGAAGCUAUUCUGGAUUUGUGUAUUCUGGGUAACACAAUCUAGUCUUCCUUGCGAUUACAGGAUGAUUUUUAUGUUUGUUCUGUGUUAACCUGAUUACCACUACUUCAUUUGUGUUUGACCCUAUGUCCAAAUAAGAGGAUUAAUCAAAGAAGAAAAAAAGAUGACAGACAAUUACUGUGAUAUAUACAUAUAUAUAUCCCACACUUUUCUACCCAUGUAUCUUUUUGAAGCAGUGUCUUCUGGAAUAAUAAAGUUGAGUUUUCCUGAGUGAUGUCAGUAGAGUUGAAAGACUGAGCUCUAAAUAUAUGCUAUAAAAUCUAAAUGUAUAUUCACCACAUAUUAGUUUGUUUUAGUCCUGGGUCGAGAUAUAUUAGUUUAUUUUAUAUGAUAAAAACAAAACUUUUUGUGUAUUGCAUGCCAAUUUACAGUAUCUUUCUUAAACUUUUUUGAACUGUUUAUAUUAUGUAAAUGUCCGUCUUAAUCUUCAGAUUCAUAGUUCUCCAAAUGGUUAUCAUUACAAGUGUAUGAUGGACGUUUAAGAAGGGGUUGCCGGGCAGACUUACAGAGCUAAUGUUUGAUGUAAAAGCUAACCUGGAAUUUUGACUCACUGAGCCCUCUUGUUUUUCGUAAAUAAACCAAGAAAAAAUA